UUCGGUUUUGAUUAUCGAAAUGCGAGUCGAGAGACAGUGUUUCAGUUCUGGUGCGAGAAAGAUGUUUCAGAUAGAUUCAUUUAACGCUUGGCGUUCCAAUUCUACCCAUCAAGAGAAGUAUAUCCUGCAACUCUGCUUCAUGAACUUUCUCUUUCCAGGUGACUCUUCAUCCAGUGCCGAACUGCUCCUUCACGAGCACAAGAAACUGCUUCCGGAGGCAAAGCAGCUACAGGAGAGAGCCUUGAAGAUAACUAAAGCUACCGAGCAACUGGUGGCAGCAGGAUGUUUCGCAGGAGAGCAGGCCACCGCCCAAUCGUACAUCGUCCUCUCGGCCACGUCCGAUUAUCUCACCGACCUGCAGAACAGAGAAUCGUUACUGGAACGCGUAAUUGCGUUCUUCAGAUCCGCACAGACGGUGAUCACCAAAUUGGACCAACUAGAAAUCCAGCUGACAGCAACAGAGUUACCAAAAACCUCCCCUCAGCUAGCACAGCUUCACUCUCAGUGCGCGAGAGCCAUCGAAGACGCCACUUCGUCACCCAUAGCAGAAGGAUACGCCAUCUUGGACGUAGCAGGCAGCAACACGGUCGGCACAGAAGGAGUAAGACAUAUGGUUGAAGAACUUGAAAACAAGAAAAUAACCCUCGAUAACUUGUGCACCGCCCACCGAGAGGAGAAUAUCAGGAUUAAUACGGCGCUCAACAACUUCUUGGAGCGACACAAUGAAAUCUAUACUUGGCUGGUGACCAUCGCGGAGGCGUUCCUCCAAGGCCACCGAGAUAUGGGUAGCGAUUCGCCUAUGUCUAAAGACUUCUUCGAUUUACAUAAUCAGCUGCUUACCGAUUUACAGACGAAGGGGAAUGAAAUAAACGCUUUGCUACUAACACUGCCACCAAUUCUAGAAUACUUAGAAGACGGCCAACGAAAAGAUGUUGACGUGAAAGUGGAACAACUACACGAACGUUGGAUGAAGCUGAAGAACAUUCUGGAGAAUCGUAUGGAACUGGCUAGAAUAUACGUGAAGUUCCACAUGGAGGCCGAUAUUGUAAAUAAAGAAAUGGACGGAUUAGAAUCUCUACUAUCAAAACACAAGGACAAUAUCGACGAGGAUACAAUGAAACUGAUCGAGGAAAAAUUCGAGUCAAUAGUUCCUCUAUACCAGUGCGCCAAAAACACUGGGUUAACGUUUAUCAAUGAAGCAAAGUUGGUGUCUGAACCUCAUCUGGAUACGAACCGGGCCUGUCUGUGCGUAGAGUCGGUGCUGGAACGGCUGUCCGGAAGACAGCUGCUUGUCACGAGAAAUUGGCAGACCUUCCACACCGAGGUAGUGGAGAAACGGGAACUCCUGGUGCGUCUUGAGCAGACUAUGGCGGAGAGUACCAAGACAAUCAACUGGGUGUCGAAGAUAGACAGCCAGCUGUACCCUGUGAUAACGACAAGCUCCACGAAACCCAACGAGCUUGCCGACCAUAUUGAAAAUAGACUCAGCGCCGUCCUUCCAGAUAUCAGAAGAGCCCAAGCUGAGGUCAAUCAAAGAAUAAAGACGGCAGAAUCCCUCGUCGCCAAAUCCCCAGGAGACGACAAAUCUCACAACAUCACCAACAAACUACACGACUUGUACCAAAGACUGUCGGAAAUAUCGUCCGAAUAUCAAAUCCUGUUGCAAGUUCUAAUAGGGUAUUUCAGGAAUCUGGAAGAGAUUGAUAAGAAAGCUGAUAAUCUUAAUGUUGAGUUGGAGAGAACAGGUUAUCCUAAAGAUAUUUCGUCGAUAGAGUCAAUCUUGAGAGAGCAUGAGUCAUCCAGGCAAACCAUUGUGGAGAGGUUGAGGUUUGCUCAGACAGAAUGUGAUCAAAUAUCGGAAAGAAUUAGAAAGCAGGAACCUGAAACUGCUGCUGAACAAGACAUCAACAAACUUCAGCACGUACUAGAACUACGAAGAGCUGAAUUCGAGAAUCAGUGGCGACAGAGGCAUGACUCUCUGGAGUCACACAGACAACUGUGCGUUUUCGAUCACGACCUCCAUGAAAUUAAUGACAACAUCGAUGACCUCAAUCGACAAAUAAAGAAUAUCAAAGGACAAUACGGGGAAUCUGUUCCGAGUGCCAAAGCCACUUCGCAAACGUUUGGAUAUGUGGAAGAAACUAUCGAGACUUUGGAGCAGCGCAUAAAGACAUUCAUCGAUACAGGAGAAAGAUUGUUGGCCGAACGUCAUACCCACUCAUCACAUAUCCAAAGCCAAAUUUCCGAUCUCCGGGAUAGAUGGAGUAACCUAAAGAAUCAGGUGAAGACAAUACGAAAUCUUCUGGACCUCAGUAUUCCUUACUUUGAAUUAGUCGAAAAGGCAGAUGAAUGGUUCAGAGAAGGAAGCAGACUCCUAGUGACAAUAGCUCGAAAAUCCACCACCGUCAAGCGUCCAGAAGAAGCCGAACAACUGUUGGACGACAUUGCAACUUUCCUCAAACCCGGGGAAGAGAAGCAAAAUGAAAGAAUCAAAAAAAUAUCUGAACUAGCUAUCCAACUAUAUGGUCCGGAUCGAACAAAACACGCUCCAGUCCUGCACGGCAACAAAGAAAUGCUGGACUCAUUUUCUUCCAUAACCAAAGAAUUGAACACUCUGGCAGACAACCUGAGAGUCGCAGAACAAGAAAGACUCAGAGCGCAACGUGAACGGGAAGAAGCUCGUCUAGCAGAAGAAGCUCGCAGACUGAAAGAAGCUAGACAAGCCGAGGAAAAGCGCCUCGCUGAACAAGCAAGAAGAGCCGAAGAAGCCCGGCUUGUUGAAGAGAGAAGAAAGGCAGAAGAGCUGCGAAUCGCAGAAGAGAAUAGAUUAGCUCAGGAGAGGAUACGGGCAGAAGAACUCAGAAUAGCUGAGGAGAGGAGGAUGAUCGAAGAAGCUCGACUAGCAGAGGUAGCUAGAAUAGCUGAAGAAAGGAAAGUGGCCGAAGAGGCAAAAUUGGCCGAGGAAGCGAGACUAGCUGAAGAACGAAAACAACUUGAGGAGGAAAAAAGAAAACUUGAGGAAGCUAGGAGGCUUGAGGAGGCCCGAAGAGUUGAGGAAGCACGAAAAGCCGCAGAGGCCAAGAGGCUCGAAGAAGCAAGAUUAGCCGAAGAAAGAAGACUCGCUGACGAAGCAAGAAGAGCUGAAGAAGCACGGCUUGCCGAAGAAAGAAGAAAGGUCGAAGAAGCGCGAAUAGCGGAAGAAAAUAGACUAGCGCAGGAAAGAAUAAGAGUCGAAGAAAUGAGAAUAGCUGAGGAAAGAAGGAGAAUCGAAGAAGCUCGACUAGCUGAGUUAGCCAGGAUAGCUGAAGAAAGGGAAAAGGCCAAACAGGCCAAACUAGCGGAAGAAGCUAGGCUGGCAGAAGAAAGAAGAAAACUUGAGGAAGAAAGGAGAAAACUAGAAGAAGCUAAAGUGGCCGAAGAAGCUCGAAGAGCCGAGGAAGCACGGAAAGACGCAGAGGCCAAACGCCUUGAAGAGGCAGAACUAGCUGAAAGGAGAAGGAUCGCCGAUGAGGCAAGAAGAGCUGAAGAAGCUCGACUUGCUGAAGAGAGAAGAAAAGCGGAGGAGGCACGAAUAGCAGAGGAAUUUAGGACAGCUCAUGAGAAGAUAAGGAUAGAGGAACUGAGAAUUAUAGAACAAAGGAGAAACAUUGAGGUAUCACGCCUAGCUGACGAAGCAAAGUUAGCUGAGGACAGAAGAAAAGCUGAAGAAUCACAGCAGGCUGAAGAGGCAAGGUUGGCCAACGAACGAAAGAAGUUGGAAGAAGAAAGAAGGAAGCUGGAGGAAGCAAAACUAGCCGAGGAAGCUAGACGAACUGAAGAAGUAAGAAGAGCUGAAGAAGCAAGGAAGCUGGAGGCUAUCAAAGUAGAGGAGGCAAGAUUAGCAGAAAAAGCUAGAUUGGCUGAAAUUGAAAGAAGAGAGGAGGAAGCCGAACGAGCACGCUUGGAAGAAAUGGCCACAAUCAAAAAGCAGCGUGAAGCUGAGGAGUUGCGUUUGGCUGAGGAAAGAAGGAAGGCGGAAAAGGCUAAAUUAGAGGAACAGCAGAAGCGUAAGCAGUCAGUAGAAAUUACUGAAAUCACAGACACUCAGAAAAUCGAAGUACUGACAUCUUCUACCAAAAGGGUACCGUCACCUAUUCCGAUAGUGGAAGAUGCUAUGGAACCACCAAUUUUCAUCUCGCCUCUGAGUGACGCGGUUAUACAGGAGGGAUCAAAGUUCACGUUCAUUUGCCAAGUUGUAGGGCAUCCCCAGCCUACAAUAACCUGGUACAAAGCUGGAAUUUCCAUUCAGAACAACCCAGACUACCGAACGGCUUUUGAAAAGGGGCUUUGUUCUCUCACGAUAGAAGAAACCUUCGCUGAAGAUUCCGCAAGAUACACCUGCAGAGCUGCCAAUGCAGCAGGUGAGGAUGAGACAACCGCCUUAUUGUCGGUGAAGGAGACCGAACCUGAAGAGAUCCUCACAGCACCCUCGUUUACGAAACAUCUACAGGCUUCGGUAGUUAGAGAAGGUUCGACAUUUCAGUUCGAGUGCAAAGUCGAAGGCAACCCACUCCCCUCCGUUCAGUGGUUCAAGAAUGCUGAUUGUAUCGACAAUUCUCCUGAUUAUAUUAGCACUUAUAAUAAUGGAGAUGCAGUUUUGAAAUUUGAAAAGGUUUAUUUGGAAGACAAAGCCGAUUACACCUGUAAAGCUUUCAAUCAGUCCGGAGUAGCACAGAGUACUGCCAAUCUAUUGGUAACACCUCUGGAACCCACGGAAUCGCCCGUCUUUGUCUCGCCUUUGUCGAACGUGAUGGCAAGAGCAGGACAAAAAAUAAAAUUGGAAUGCGAAGUUACUGGACUGCCCCUGCCAAAUCUAAGUUGGUCACAUAACGGCAAACCAGUGAAAGAAACGCGUGAAACUAAGUUGUUGCACGAAGGCAAUAAAGCAACCUUGAUUGUCAACGAAGCCUUCCCCAAAGAUGCCGGGACUUACUCUGUAAGUGCGAAGAACAUCGCAGGAGAAGCGACAAGUUCCUGCAGCGUUUCCGUAAAAGGCCGUCUUCCAACAGAAACCUCGGACUCUGAAAUAGCCAGUGACAUGGAACCAAUAAAACCCUCCAUCCAGCUACCCCUGACGAAUAUCACCGUUCCAGAAGGUAACAGGGUGCGCCUGGACUGCGUCAUCGUCGGCCAACCAGAACCGGAAGUCAUCUGGUACCACGACGGAAGGCCAGUGAAGGAGUCACCUGACUUCCAGCUGCUCUUCCAAGGGGAUCGCUGCUCCCUCAUCAUCCAAGAGGCCCUUGCAGAGGAUGCAGGCGAAUAUAAAGUCGUUGCUUUGAACUCGGCAGGUGAGGCCUCCAGUCAGUGCAUACUCAGUGUGGAGCCAUCUUUAGAUUCAGAGGCCAAACCGAAAGAAGAGAAAACCAAACCUGUUGGAACACCGCCAAAGUUCUCAAAACUGUUGUCGGACGUGCUAAUUUCAGAAGGGGAUAAAGUAAUUCUAGAAGGUAACGUUGUCGGUGAACCAAGGCCCGAAAUCAAGUGGUUGCUGAACAAUUUUCCCAUCACAGACACUCAGCAUUUCAUUCUCUCGCACGAUGACGAAGGAAACGUAAAGCUGGAAAUCCAUAGCGCCAGACCUGAAGACAAAGGGGUGUAUACGAUCAAGGCUACUAACCCCCUAGGAGAGGCAAAGUGUUUUGCGCAACUCAUAGUGAAGUCCUUCAAACCACCGGAAAGCGUCAAGUUCGAGGAGAUGAAACAAGCUCCAGAAUUCAAAGAGCUCUUCCACGACAGAUCUGCUUUUGAAGAAACUAACACAAAGUUUGAAUGCAUCGUUACCGGCAAGCCGGCACCAAAAGUUAAAUGGUUGUUCAACGGGGACGCUAUAUCUGGAAAGGACUUCCUGAUAUCAACUUCCGGUGACCGGCAAGUGCUCUCUAUUCCUAACCUCAAGAAAGAACAUUCUGGUACCAUUACCUGCGUAGCAGAGAACGAAGUUGGCAAAGCAAGCUGUGCUGCGUCCCUCCUAGUCCAGUCAACCUCAUCCAUUACUCUACCAGAAUUCAAGGCUACCACCCUACCUCCUCUGCAAACCGUUGGCCAAUUACCUUCGACCACACCCCUGGCACCUUUGAGGACUGAAAAGACUUCACACGUUGAAUCCUCCUAUAUUUUCAACAGAGAAGUUGUGACGCAAACUUCUACAUCACAGUCGAGCAAAGUGAUUUCUUCCAGCAGCGGUACUGCUGAACCUCACGUGGAAGAGCACAAAGUUAUUUCUGAGAAUGCACAGACCAUUAAACAAGUCAACCAAGAAGCACCUGAAAUCAAAGAAAGUCACAGAAUCGAAGAGUUCCACAAGGUGGGAAAAGAGCCUCCAGUAUUCCACGAAAAAUCCUCCACCACGUACACCAUUGGUGAGAAGCAGAACUUCCAAAACCAAAUCACAUCGUCCCAGCAAGAAAUUGUGCACAAACCGAUAGUGAAGAUGAGGCCACCGAAGUUUGUAACUCCUGUAAUUGGAAAAAUUGUUGACCAAGACGUAGAUGUAAUACUAGAAGGAAUUUUGGAUGGAAGUCCUACUCCAAAAGUCAGUUGGACAAAGAAUGGGGAAGAACUUGCAUCUGGUGGAAAAAUCGAGAUCGAGUGGAAACUGAACAGAGCUUCUUUGAAAAUAAAAAAUGUCACCACAGAAGAUGCGGGAAGGUAUUCCUGUACAGCUGUCAAUGAUGGUGGUACAGCAGUUAGUACUGCGGAUUUAGUUGUGCGAAAAACUGUAUUUCCUCCUGUAUUUGGACGGCGACUGCAAGCUCAAAUCAUCAAGAAAGGCGAUAGAGUCAACAUGGAAGUAGAAAUAACUGGAACUCCAGAACCAACGGUAACAUGGUUCAAGGAUGGGGUCCCAGUUGAAGAUUGUUUGAAAAAUUUCAAAAUCAAAUCCAUGGGCCAGUGCCACACACUCGUUAUAGAAAAAGCCGAGCUUGAUCUCACUGGUCGAUUCAUGGUGAGAGCUGUCAAUUCAGGAGGUGAAGCCCAAAGCAUAGCUGAUAUCGCUGUAUUUGAACCGACACCAGAUACAAUGGUAGAAGUCGUGAAAACAGUUGUCUUCGAAGAUGUCCGCAAGCACGAAACUUUGACAUCGGCCGCAGAUAAAAUAUCGUCCAGUAUAACUACACCAACACCUGUAGCUUUAGAACUCCCUAAAAUCGAGACUCCAACCUCCAUUAUCUCAUCAGGUCAGAUAUCAGAGUCAGUUUCCUCCAAGUCAGAAUUUGUCUCUAGCAGGGAACAGAAAUUGUCACAAGAAACUCAAAAAAUUAUUCUUGAACACAAAGUUCCUGACAUACCAAUGCCCAAACCCAUCGCAAUUAAAACCCGAGAAGCUCCUUUAGAAAAACUUCUAGAUUUCGAAAUUGUUGGGGAACCAACCACAACGCAAGAGGAAAUGGCACAAGAAAAGUCAGUAGACGUGCAAGAAGGCAUAGAAACCAGCUCCAUAUCCAAACAAUCUUCUCUACAGUACUUUGUGAAGAAAAUCAAGGAGGGUGACGCUCCCGCUCCAAAAGAAAUUGCGUUGCCAGAACCUAUCAAACAAGAGAUAUAUCAGAAGUUUGAAUCCAUUAAAAAUGAUACUGACAGGGAAGUUCAGAUACCCAUCACGCUAGAGGAAAAAAUACCCCCGCCUGUUCCUCCAAAACCAGAAUCUCCAAAGAUCAUUACACGACAGGAGUUGUCCUUUCAGCCAGCCAUACAAGAACAAAAAACAUUUGCUUCCUUUCAGCAGACAAUUCAGCCAAUAAAAUACCAGACGUUCUCAUCCACUCAACAAGCAACACAAGAAAUUCAACUUCAGCCGGAGCCACCUGCUGAAAUCUGUUACGCUCCAAAACAGGAAGGUUAUAAAAAACACGAGGAGGUAUCGGAACGAAUCAAGCGACUUUCAGAAAGUCAGAAAGUUUUAUCAGAUCACGAAGUACCUGCUGGUGCAAUCAAAAUAUUUCCAUCAACUCCCAAGCAGGUCGAGCAAGGGAAAUGUUUCUCACAAACCGAGCAAUCCUUCCAACAGAGCUCAUUUCAAACUUCAUCAUCAUCUUCUUCUUACAGUAGGACCUUUGAAGGCACAAUCAAACCUUUCGACGAAGUUCCGAAAGACAGUGUACAUGCUUUGAAACUGGAGCCGGAAAGACCUACGUCUUCCUCUUCUAAUUACUCGACAACUGAGCGACAGUUUUUCAGACCUCUCUCGGCUCAGUCCGCACCUGGUGAGCCUUCACCCGAAGGAUUACUUAUGGAAAAACAGUGGGCCCACAAGUUUUCCGAAACACACGUAGAAAAGUCAUGGCCCCCACAACAGGAUGAGGUAAAAAUUCAGCCUUCUUGGUCAGUUCAAAGCACUCUUGAGAAGAAGUGGACACCAACCGUAAUCAAGACGCAAAAAAGUUCUCAAGAACAUAAAGUUGUUGUGGACCAGAUCCCUAAGCAACACUAUAUUGCCGAGGUUAGCAAUUUGGGGAGUAUCGUAGAUCAGAGAGUGUCAACUGAGAGUUUUUUCGAGAGUGAGAGCCAGUCUGAGAAUAUUGUAGAAGAGAGGAAUGUCCGGCCUUCACAGGUAAUAAAAUCAUGGCCACCAGCUCCACCUGAGCCGGUAAAGCAUGUCCCUACAAUAGAAUCUAUGCCAAUUAGACCCGUUUCAGUUCAGGACAUCACAGAUGAGGUGUAUUUGGAACCGGGCCCGCCUCCAGAAAUAGCAUAUGCACAACCACCUAGAGAAAGACGCCAGUCGUACGUAGAAACCAUCGAACAUGAGUUAGAAAAAAAUUUGGAACCUGCCAAAGUUCCCCCAUGUGCUGUGAGGACCAUCCCCCCACCAAAGGAGUGGAUUGCACCUCCUCCUCUGCCCCCGAAGCAAGUUUUGCCACAGGCUCCACCAGUUCCAGCCAAGUCUAUAAGACAAGAACCUCCGAAGAAGAUCAUACAGUUCCAAUCAAGUACUUUCGAAAAGUUUCCAGAGUUGGAACCAUUUCCCUUCAAAGCCGAACCACAGAAAAGUAAACCACACAAAAUAGGACCCCCACCAACACCAUCGAAGUUUAUCAAAGGAAGAUUCACUGACAGUGAUUACGAAAGUGAUUUCGAGUCCAUGAAGAUUCCUCCCAAGUGGAAGCCAUGUAUGAGCGACACUGAGGAGCCAGCUUACCGUAAGGUUAGACCUCCAAGUCUUGUUCAUUCUGGCAGGUCGCGAUCGCAAGAACACGAACCUCUGCCGCCCUCCAAGUUUGAUCAUCCACCACGAUUCGAAGGACCCCCUCGACCUGAAAUCAACUUCGAAGAUAUCCAAGUUAAGAAAUUCACCAAGCAUGUUAGAGACAUCAAGAAACCAGUAUCUCCACCCAUUGCGAUUUACGCGCAGCCAGUGAAAAAACCAGAAUCUCCUAAGUUAAAGCAAAAGCUGGUGAUUGACGGGUACAUGGCUGAUACUGAUGAGCCUUUCAGGCAGCAGAGGCUGAUGACCACAGAAUAUAGCAAAGAGGAAAAGUCCGAAUACAGACAGAUUUCAAAAUCGAAGGAAGAGUUUGUUGAAACUAAACCAAGGAUGCCCAAAUUUCCGAUAAAGAAACAUCAUACGCCGGUAGCUUCAAUAAAGAAGGAACUCAUCGCUACACCAAUCAUCACCAGCCACACUUCCGAACAAAUUUACGAGCAACACGAGAAACAAACGAAACUAGAACCCUUCCCGUUCAAAUCCGAUCCUCCUAAACCCAAGAAAGGUAAAUGUCCCCCACCUCCAAGCCCCUCGAAGUUCCUCAAGGGAGAAUUUCGCGAGAGCGACUACGAGAGCGACUACGAAGGUCGGAUUCCUCCCGUGUGGCAUUCGGAUACAGAACACUCCUACAAACCCGUUCGACCUGUGCUGACCUCUAGCCAGCAGCAAAGACAGUACGGCAGAACCCCCACUCCUCCUACUGAAUUCGAUAACCCUCCUCAAGUCGAGUAUCCUCCGAGACCGAAAUUCGAGCCAAUUGAGAAAAUCAAGCCAGAAGUCAAACCGUUACCCAAAUCUGUUGUUUACAGACCUAAGCCAAUAUCGGCAGCUGUUGUUUCCAGAGAAGUAGUUGUCGCAAAACCCACAAGCGAUACAAUAAUCUUGCAACCAGGUACUCCUCCUGAAAUUGCUUAUGCGGCUGGACCGAAACAGACUCAGUACUACAGAUCUACGGUCAGUGCUCCAUACACUAACGCUAUCCAAACUGAAACCUCCAACGUUGUCCAUUUCAACGAAUCCACAGAAAGUUGUCAUCGAACUAUGAGUGUGCAGCAAACCCACAAGGUCAUCAAGUUUGGAGACCAGCGGCAGAAACAACAAAAACUGGAGCCAUUCCCAUUCAAGCCGGAACCUGAGAAACCCAGGAGAUCAACAAGUGUUCCUCCUCCUCCUACACCCACCAAGUUCCAGCCUGGUGAAUUCCGGGAGAGCGACUACGAAAGCGAAGUUGAAAGCACCAGGAUAAAGCCAAAGUGGUCUCCUAAAGGUGGAGAAGGCGAAGGCCUUCACUACAGGAGGGUGAGCGCCCCUGCCUCCCACAGAUCAUCCAGCGCUCCUGCUCCAAAAGAAAGAGUACUUACUCCGAUGGAGUUUGAUACACAGCCUCCCCAGCUGCCUUUCCACGUUUCUAACAAAGAUCUAGUGGAUGGAGAAAGCAGAAAGCAGGAGUCGGUUUACAGACGUUUCACAGAUAACAAAUCGAAUCAGCUUGUUAAGAGGAGUCACUCUCACGAACCAGCACUGCAUCCUGGUACCCCACCAGAGUACAGGUUCGCAACCGAUCAAACAAUCACCAAGUCCAGUGCCACGAAGAUUGCGACACACCAUAUGGACAGCAUGACGCAGACUUUCAAAUCGAAGACACAGAAGUUUGUCACAGAUAUCAUGGAGGAUGUUAACAAAAAGAAAUCAGGACCCAAACCGAUUUUGAAAAAUGGAACUGAUGGAGAUGCGCAGGUGUACAGGGAAGAAUCGCGAGCCGCACAAUAUGGAACUAAGCACGUAGAUCCCGACACAGGUCUGAUUUACUUCAAAUACGACUUCGGUUACGAGUUCGGUAUAAUUCUUCCCGGGGAAAGUAAGCAAGGCGGUGAAAUACCCGUUCCCAAGAAAACCAUCAUCGAGCCUCCGAAGCGAACAUCAGACAUAGAAAUGCCAGUCUAUCACGAAAAAACCGUCCCCAGCACUAAUCAUACUCCCGCGCCUCAAUUCAAACCGAAAAAGUUCACGACCAGCAACAAAUCUAAAUGGGAACCGACGUCAGAGAGUGAGAUGUCGGAGUACGAGGGAGAGGCUAAAAGAAACACCCUCCUUCCACAAGGUUCGCGAUGGGAGCCAUCUUCAUGUAGUCCUGCAUCACUGUCACCUAGUUUGCCAAGCACGUCUCCAGCUUUUAACCAUACUUUCGCAGGUUCAGCAAGAAAAGGAGCAGAAACUCCUCCCAGUUGUCCAAGCACCCCUGGAAGUACCCACGGAAAAAGUGGUUUGCAACAAGGGCAGGCUAGAGCUCCCAUGUUCAUAACGCCUCUUCGAGAUAUUGCAGUAGUAAGUGGACAAGCAGCCAAAUUCGAAUGCAUCGUACAAUCGGAACCCCAACCAAAUAUUCUGUGGUCGAAAAAUGGUCGCAUCAUAGAAAACUCUCAUGAUCAUCAGCUCCAUUACAGAAACGGAGUUUGUCGUCUAACAAUUUCACAAGCCUACCCAGAGGAUGCAGGAACUUAUUCUUGUACUGCCACGAAUCCAGCUGGAACUGCAAACACGACGGCAACUCUGCAAGUACCAGGUGAGCGUCGAUCUCAAUACAUAAAAUAAAAAGGUGGUGGUGAUUUAACAGGAUCCUAAUGAACACUGCCAAUUUUUUAAGCAGUUUCGACAACACUAAUACUAUUUUUAACUACGAAGUGCCUUAUUUUGCCAAGAAUGUAACAUAUUCAAUUAUCACGAUUCAUUUUAUUCACUCAAUGGGGUUCCGCAUUGUAUGAGUAGAGGGCAGCACAGGCAACUAGUUUCAUCAAAACGCAUCAUACUUUAUUGUGCUUUAGUGUGUCUGAUUUCUGAAAGUUCACUUCAUUAUACAUCAGAUCAUCUUUCAUCAUCUAUAGUUUUUUAAGAACAAAUAUUUGAAAAAUGAGCGACAUCUGUGGGCUUGAUCAGUCACUAACGAUAAAUCCUGUAUUCGUUUUUUUAGUUACAGGAACCCCAUUGGAUAAUAGUUCAAUACAAAUUUGAUUUUCGUCAUUGAACUAUUUGUUUUAAAAUUAAGUUAGUUAGAACCUUUAUUUUAAGACGUUUGAACUUAUUCUGGUCAUGCAGAGCUGGUGUAAUAGUAUACAUUAAUGUACAUUUAUGUUUGUUACUUUUACCAUAAUUUAUUUAUUUAUUGUGUCUGUUACCUUGGAUAUUAAAGCUUUUCUGCAUUCA